GUUUUACUCUUUGAACACCUUUAAAGACACUAUUUUUGCGCUAUCAACUGGUCAAGGAAAAGCUGGGAUUGCUAUUAUACGUAUUUCUGGUCCAAAUGCCUCACAGGUAUUAUCAAGGAUGACUCGGAAUAAGAAAAGGUUACCAAUGCCUCGUAUAGCAACAGGUAGAGCCAUAAUUCAUCCAAAUACUGGCGAAGUACUUGAUAAUGCUUUAACAUUAUGGUUUCCAGGACCUAAUAGUUAUACUGGAGAAGAUUUAGUAGAAUUGCAUGUACAUGGCGGUACUUCAGUGAUAAGUGGAGUAUUGGAGGCACUUGGUUCUAUUGAAUGUUUUAGACACGCGGAACAUGGAGAAUUCACUCCAUUUGGUAACGAAAAAUUAGAUUUGACUGAAAUUGAAGGACUAGCAGAUUUGUUGAAUGCUGAAACAGAAGCACAGAGAAGACAGGCCUUACGACAAGCUCAGGGUGGACUUAAAAUUUUAUACGAAUCUUGGAGAAAACAAUUGAUUAAAAAUAUGGCACUUGUAGAGGCCAUUAUUGAUUUUGGUGAAGAUGAAAAUAUUGAAGAUGAUGUGUUUGAUCAAGGUGAAAUUUUACGAGAUGGUAUAUUUGUUACUGUUCUAGGUCCUCCAAAUGCUGGAAAAAGCAGUUUUUUAAAUUAUUUAGCUCAAAGACAAGCUGCAAUAGUGUCACCAAUUCCUGGAACAACACGUGAUGUUAUUGAAGUUUCGUUAAAUAUUGGUGGAUAUCCAAUCGUUAUAGGCGACACUGCAGGAUUAAGACAAACUGAUGAUUUGAUCGAGAUUGAAGGAAUUUCAAGGGCAAAAAAAUGGUGUUUAUCAUGUGAAACUGGUGAAGGCUUCAAAGAAUUUUUGGAUGAAUUUGUCAAUCUUUUAAAAACAAAAUAUGAUUCAUCAACUUCACAAGUUGCCCUAAUAACUCAAACAAGACAUCGUGAGAAUUUAAAGGAUUGUUUAAACUUUUUGAAAAAUUCUCUAGAUCAAUGCGAUAUAGUGUUAGCUGCUGAAGAAUUAAGAUAUGCAACGAAUGCUUUGGGUAAAAUUACUGGUCAUGUUGAUAUUGAAGAAAUAUUAGAUGUUAUAUUUAAACAAUUUUGUAUUGGCAAAUAG